AUGUUCAGGAACAACUACGACAACGACUCCGUCACAUUCUCGCCACAAGGCAGGAUAUUCCAGGUCGAAUACGCCGCAGAGGCGGUCAAGCAAGGCUCAGUGGUCGUGGGAAUAGCAAGCAAGUCACACUCGGUCCUGGUGGGCAUCAAGCGCAAUGCCGAAGAACUUUCCUCGUACCAAAAGAAACUGUUUCCCAUCGACUCCCACGUGGGCAUCGCCAUCGCCGGCCUCGCCUCGGACGCGCGCGUGCUCUCCAAUUUUAUGAAGCAGCAGUGCCUGGGCCACCGCCUGACAUAUGGCCGCGACAUGCCCCUGCGCUCGCUGGUCGAGAUGAUCGGCGAGAAGGCUCAGAUCAACACCCAGCACUACGGCAAGCGACCAUACGGCGUCGGGCUGCUGGUCGCCGGCGUCGACGACAAGGGCCCCCAUCUGUUCGAGUUCCAGCCCUCGGGCCUGUGCGAGGAAAUGGUGGCAUUCGCUAUCGGUGGGCGGUCUCAGAUGGCCCGGACGUACCUGGAGAAGAACCUCGACAAGUUUGCGAGCUGCGACCGGGAGGAGCUGAUCAGGCACGGCCUGCGGGCGCUGAAGGAGAGCCUGGUGCAGGACCGCGAGUUGACGGUGGAGAACACGAGCGUGGGUAUUGUGGGCCUGGAGAUCAGCAAGGACGGCGUCAAGAGUGUCGACCCGUUCAAGGUGUAUGACGGCCAGGACGUCAAGGCCUGGAUUGACUCGGUCGCGGAUGACAAGGAGGCUGGUGGUGAUGGUGAGGAUGAGGGCGAGGGCGAGGGCGAGACGGAGGGUGGUGCGCCGGCUGCUGCUGAGGGCAUGGAUGUCGACAGUUAG